AUGUCGGCGAAACGCCAUGCACGACCUAUCAACGCCUUCGUCAGCUCUGUGACCCCAGCUGUCCCGCUAUUCCGCCAUACAGCUCCCGGGGAUCAAUGCGACAGCGAAGUUUCGGCAUGCUGCUGUAACUCGGUCGCAUGGUCCCUAAGCAUGCUCUGCAUGAACUGUCAAGAACAUGCGGUAUCAAAUGGCUCAGGGUCCAUAGAAGCUCCCGUGGGCGGCUACUACCAGUACAGGUUCGCAAACUCGACGUCUCACUCGGGCUACUGUGGAAAUGGCAAUAACGGAACGCUGGCGGCGCAGGUCCAGAGUGCCGUGUGCAACAGCGGCAUCAAGAUCGCUGACUGGCUAUACCCGCUCUACUGGUCGAAUGGUGCAUGGUUCUAUACGAAUAUGAUGAACCAGGCGACGCUGAACCAGACGGCAACGAACAACAAUACCUUCACACAUUGCAAUUCUACUAAUCUCGCUAGCAACGCGACGUCCUCCUCGCUGAUAUCCACGUCGACGUCUCAAGGGACCGCGAGCUCCUCCUCGGCCUCUAGCUCUGUGACUGCAGGAGUUGUAGCGGGUGCGGCUAAAAGCAGCUCGAGCAAUACUGGGGCGAUUGCCGGCGGGACCGUUGGUGGCGUACUUGGUCUCUUGCUGAUUUUUGUCGGCGCUGCUGUCUUUAUGAGGAAAAGGAAAGCUGCGGCGGCCAAUGCUGCUGGAGCGCCGGGUUCUGGGGACGUGCCUCCGAUGACUGGUGUAGCAGCUCCCCUAGCACCGAGCGCGUAUAGUGUAGUGCCCUACGAUGUCCCACAAUCAUACGCAGCAAUCAUUGGCCAACCCAUCUCGGGCAAGUACGGCGCGUUGCCGCCCUCGUCCACGACGGACUUCAGCUCAAUGAGCGCGGGAUCGGCGACGUACCAUACACGCACGGACAGCACGAGCAACACGGCGAGCAGCGACAUGCGGCAAACCGUAGUGACGAGCAUGUUUGCGAUGCCUGCGGUGCUCGAGCCGGAGGAGGACGCGGGGCGGGUGACGACUGCGCUGCGGCCGCCUCCCGCGUACCGGAGCUCGUGGGACGACCGGCAAUGAGGUGUUGGAUGGUGGAGGCGGAUGCUAGUACAUUGUUUACCAUUGACCACGUAACUUAUUCUGGAGCGGGUCUCGGACCAGAGGGGGUCGCCAUCGCCUUCAUUACCAUUUGUAUAUUGUCGAAAUGUAAUGCCGUAGAAAGCUGUCGCUCAUUCUGUGAUGCCCGUUGGUCGCAUUCCGAUCAGGUGAUCGAUCGAGGAGGAUCGACGGCCGGGCCACGCAUUU